AGAGAAGGACCCCGGGUGAGUGAGGAAGGUGGAGAACACCACCGAGGAAAACGGACAAAUCACAAGGCCGGUAGCCACCUAAUCCUCCUCCUUCACGGUUUACCUCACCCCCACCAACCACCUCCCGACACCGUUAAGUGAAUUGACUAAACUGCCCCUCAAUGCUAGUACCAAAACCUCCAUCAAACAGAUGAACAAUGCCCUUGAUUGCAGCCACCACCAACCAAGUUGAUAACGUAUGAUGAAACAUAUAGAAUAUGACCAAACGAAGAAUAGUAGCAGAGAAGAUCAAAGUCUUCUCAUCUGUCACCCACUCUCACCCAGGAAAAGGCCACACAAUCAUAUUGAUUCUGUUAGAAUUGGUUUUGUAUGAUUGUUUCAUAAUCUAGACACGAAGCAAAACAAGCCAAUUUAGAAUUAAGGAACACACAUACCAAUUCUUUCAUUGCAAAUAUUCUGAUCAUUUCUCUGGUACACUGACAUAGUCAUGGCUCCCCAGUCGUCUCAGUCCCAGCCGCCGCCACCGUCACCGGAGGACAAGACCGGGGCUAUUGAUGCUCCACUUCAUGCAGUUGGGUUCGUGAUUGAAGAAGUCACACCACAGAAGGUCUGCGGUCACCUCAGAGUCACCGAAAGGAGCUGUCAGCCAUUCAAGGUGUUACAUGGAGGGGUGUCAGCUCUAGUAUCUGAGGCUCUGGCUAGCAUAGGAGCUCACCUGGCUUCUGGUUUACAAAGGGUGGCUGGAAUUCACCUCAGCAUCAACCACAUGAAGCGAGCUGAGCUCGGUGAUCUUAUCUAUGGGGAAGCCGUACCCAUCAGCGUUGGCAAAACCAUUCAGGUUUGGGAAGUGCGACUUUCAAAGAUUGAUCCUUCGAACUCAGACAUCAAAUCCCUUGUAUCAUCAGCAAGAGUCACUCUUCUGUGCAACAUGCCUGUACCACAACAUGCAAAAGAUGCAGGUGAAGCCCUCAAGAAGUAUGCCAAAUUAUAGAACUCUUGUAUCCCUGUUUAUGUUUCUACAAUUGUCACUGAACCUAAUGAAGAAACUAAAGAAUCUAUUACAAGCAUAUAAACCUCUAUUUCAGUGUUGCAUUCGCAGAC